CCAUUUUCUUUUAGUAUACAGACAUACGUGAGUGUUACAUAUGACAAUACGGAGCCAUAGUUAACGCUGCUAUAACGGCAACUUCCUACAUUCAUUCCUUCAACACAAGGUGAAGAGACAUGGUGUCCGCAGGACGUCAAAUCUUGGGCAUCUGCCUGGCUAUGAUCGGCUUCUUGGGAAGCAUCGUCAUCUGUGGCUUGCCCAACUGGAAGGUGACAGCAUUCAUCGGAGCCAACAUUGUGACCUCGCAGACCAUUUGGGAAGGUUUAUGGAUGAACUGUGUGGUUCAGAGCACAGGACAGAUGCAGUGUAAGGUCUAUGAUUCUCUGCUGGCACUUCCUCAAGAUCUGCAGGGCGCCAGAGCCUUGGUGAUCAUCGCCAUCAUCGCUGGGGUGUUUGGAAUCCUCCUGUGCCUCGUGGGAGGAAAGUGCACCAACUUCGUGGAAGACGAGGCGUCUAAAGCAAAGGUUGCUAUCGCCAGUGGCGUCAUCUUCAUCAUCGCUGGAAUUCUUGUCCUCAUUCCCGUCUGCUGGACUGCGAAUACCAUAAUCAGGGACUUCUACAACCCUUUGUUGGUGGACAGCCAGAGGAGGGAGCUCGGGGAAUCACUUUACAUUGGCUGGGCUUCAGCCGGCUUGCUUUUCCUGGGUGGAGGUCUCCUCUGCAGCUCUUGCCCACCAAGUGAGGAUGUUCCCCACAAUGUGAAGUAUUCUCAAGCCAGAUCUGUGGACAGCAGCAAAGCUUAUGUAUAAAAGUGAGAUCAACUAAACAAAUAUGUGAAGAGGAACUGAUUUACACAGUAAGAAUCUCAAAUAAAAAAUGUCAUUUCGUCAAAUGAAUGAAGAUAAUUAGGAAAAAAGGAGUAUUGGAAUGUGCAUUGCCACAAAAUAUAAAUACAUUAUGUGAUCGUAUUUUUUCAUUGUAUAUUAAUUAAAAAAUGUGCUAAGGCUGUUGAAACGUUCAUUAAUAUUUGUGAUUCUGUCACUUUCAUCACCGUUCUUUCCUUAAGACCUACAUUACCCCAUGCAGGGGUUUUGUACUGACACUUAAACUAAUGUCAAUGAAAAGCGUCUAGUAACAUGUGACCUAGAAAAAUAAUGUGUAUUUGGCAACAAAUAGUAUUGUGUAUUUAAAAAUAUUUUUGUUUAGUCUUUCAUUCAACAUAAUUGCUCAUAUUAUACACUACUGCUCAAAAGUUUGGGGUGGGUAAGAUUUUUUGAUGUUUUGAAGCUCACCAACUGUUUUCUAUUUUAAAUCUAUUUUACCAACAUUGAAAACUGCUGAUCUGUUUAAUAUUUAUGUGGAAACCAUGAUCAUUUUUUUCAGCAUUCGUUCAAAAGAACAGCAAAAGAAUCAAUUACAUAAAAUCUUACUGACCCCAAACUUUUAAAUGGUACUGUAAUAAUAUACAUUUUUUUUUCAUUUCAUCAUUCUAAAAUGUAUAUCAAGCAUGAUUUAGUUGCAGCUAAUCUGUUUUUAUUUGCAGUCAUCAAACUAUGUAAUUAUCCAGAGGGUUAUUUUCAUAGUUUUACCUCAUAUAGUUAGGAACCAUUAUCCAUAUGUAGCAAUGUGUACUUAAUAAAAAAUAUAACUAAACUCAAA